AAUAACAAGGGGGACAGAAAGAUUUUGAUCUCCAAAUCAAGUUUAAAAGGCAGAGUGAUUUAAGAUUUCUGUAUGUUUAUCUCUCAAUCAACCAUUCAACCACAGGACGGAAGAGGCAAGAAAAAGCCAGAAGAAUCCUCCCCUGCGUUGUGGUAUAUAUAGAAUAAAUCUGCAGUUAAAGCAGGGUCCCCCAAAAAUCCACCUGUCCCCAGAAGAAAUCCCGUGCACCUCUCUGGUUCUUCUCCAAAUCCCUGGCCCUAUUCCUAACCCUAUUUCUCAUUGCGCCUCAGCAGAAGGGAGGAGGAAGAGGAGAUAUCCGGCCAGGGUUUGGCGCUCCGCAGGAGCAUCUCUCUCCCUCUCCUCAGGAGAGUCGCCCUUUGGUGCUGUAAGACUUGCCCGCAGGGGGAGGAGGGGAGAGAGUUCGAGGCAGAGGAGAAGAAGAUGAAGGGUCUGUUCAAGUCGAAGCCGCGAACUCCUGCGGAGAUCGUCAGGCAGACGCGUGACCUCCUCGUGUACGCCGAUCUGCACUGGGAGUCCAGAGAGGCCAAGAAGGAAGAGAAGCUGGCAGACUUAAAUAAGCACAUCAGGGAACUUAAAUGCAUUUUGUAUGGCAACAGUGAAGCUGAGCCAGUAGCAGAAGCUUGUGCCCAGCUAACUCAAGAGUUCUUCAAAGAUAAUACUUUACGUCUACUGAUUAUUUCUCUUCCAAAACUCAAUUUGGAGGCUCGCAAGGAUGCAACUCAGGUGGUUGCAAAUUUACAAAGGCAGCAAGUCCAUUCAAGGUUGAUUGCUUGUGAUUACUUGGAAGCGAAUAAAGAUCUCAUGGAUAUCCUGGUAUCAGGGUAUGAGAACAUGGAUAUUGCUUUGCAUUAUGGGGCAAUGUUGAGGGAAUGCAUUCGUCAUCAGAGUAUUGCAAGGUAUGUACUGGAAUCUGAACACGUUAAGAAGUUCUUCGAUUAUAUUCAGCUCCCAAAUUUUGAUAUAGCUUCGGAUGCAUCAGCUACUUUCAAGGAGCUUCUUACACGGCAUAAAUCAACAGUUGCAGAAUUUCUUAACAAAAAUUUUGAUUGGUUUUUUGCUGAAUAUAACUCAAAGCUUUUAGAAUCACCCAAUUAUAUCACAAGAAGACAAGCUGUAAAGCUUCUGGGAGAUAUUCUGUUGGAUCGUGCAAAUGUGCUGGUCAUGGUGCGAUAUGUGAAUUCCAAGGACAAUUUAAGAAUACUCAUGAAUCUUCUAAGGGAAUCAAGUAAGAACAUUCAGCUAGAAGCAUUUCAUGUUUUCAAGGUAUUUGUUGCUAAUCAAAAUAAGCCAGCUGACAUUGUCAACAUCCUUAUCACUAAUAGAGACAAGCUGCUUCGGUUCUUCAGUGAUUUUAAGCCUGACAAAGAGGAUGAACAAUUCGAUCAGGAUAAAGCUGAAGUUGUGAGAGAAAUUGCUUCAUUGGAACCACGAUGAGUGGUUUCUUUUCCCUGAACCUGAUGCCUUGGUGGUCAAAGUUGAAUGUACAGUUUUUUCAUCAUAAAUUGAGCCUUGUUUCUCAGGAAAUGAUAGAAUCCUGCUAUGAUUGAUGCUCACUUUGAUCAUCAUGGCAAGUGUAGAAUGCUAUUUAAACGUUACCUGGUUAGAUGGGUUGAUAUGUUGACAUGCCCAUCUAUUUCGUUAAUAAUCACACCUAUAUUGCUGCCAAAUCAUUCUAGUGUAUAGUUUGCACUGUAAAUUACAGAACUUUUUUUGUGGAUCUAAUAUUAAUACGGUGUUAGAUGCUUUAGCGAUUACUA